CGGAAGAAGAGUGCCGACAUGUCGGCGUUGAACGCCGCGCUUUGUAGACGCGGAAUAAUCCUCUGGCUGGCCGCCGUCCUACUGCUGGCGUCACGAUCCACGCAUUCUGCGCCGGUAUAUGACCAAGAUACCACACAGAUUGCAGAGUACGAUGGAGUCACCGCUGGAUGUUACUUCAACUACCAGCGGUAUCAAGAAGGCGACAGGAUCAUGACGAGUGAACCAUGCCUGAACUGCACAUGCCACAAUCGGAUGUUGAUGUGCUACUUGAAGGUCUGCCCCUUCACGAAAGCGAUCGGUCAGGAUUGCACGGUGGAGAAACGUCCGGAUCAAUGUUGUCCCGUGAUCAACUGUCCGGAAGUACCGGUUCAGUUGUUAACGUCGACAACAAGCGCACCGGCGACCUCGGACUCCACGGAAGUCGGUUUCCACGACAAUUAUGGCUGUCAUGUCGACGAGAGGUUUUACGCAGACGGCGCUAUGCUGCCGUUGGAUCAUCACAAUCCUUGUGAGCUUUGCUACUGCAUUAGAAAUAGAACCACUUGCGUCAUGCAAGAGUGUACUUUACGAGUGGCUGGAUGUAAACCGGUCUAUCAACCGGGUGUAUGUUGCCCGAUCAAGUACAAUUGCGAAUACGAUGAGGAACCUAGCACCACGGUUGGUCCAACUCCCGGUCUCAUUAUGACCACAACGCUACCUCCUGGCGUGUUACCUCAAUGUUAUUAUGAGGAUAAAGUCUACGAAGACGGCGAUCUGAUUUAUUCCACUCAGCCUUGCCAGCAUUGCUAUUGCUUCCGAGGCGAAAUCGCUUGCGCGGUGCAAAAUUGCGGAACGCCGAUGCAAGAGCAUGGAAAGAAUUGUACAGCCUUACCGCCACCGGAAGGAGAAUGUUGUCCGACCACAUACCAGUGUGAAGAAGAAGAAAUUACCACGGUACAAGAUGAAGGUGAAGAACAGCUUCCGGAACAAGUACCACGUGACCAAAUUACCGAAUCCCCGGCGCUGAUUGACCAGGAAGAUCAGCAAGUGAAGGAAGAACAUCCUCAGGAGGAAAUAUUCCCGGGUAUAGACAAUAAUAUACCGCAAGAGGGAGAAGAAGAGAAGACUCUUGAAGGAACUAUCGAACAUAUUACUCAGGGACCCGUUCCGUCUACCGAAAAACCUGAACAACAACCUGAAGAACAGCCCGCAACAUUACCAGCAGAAGAGAUAGAAACUACUACUAUUGAGAAAGAAUCCACUCCUUCUCACGAACAUGUUACCGAAAUUUCUGCUGAAAUAACAUCGGAAGAGCCAGGAUCAGCGGAAGUGCCCUCUGAAGUAGAAACAGCAAAACCGGAAGCGCCUACGACAGUACAAGAAGCUGAAGAAAGUUUAGUUACUGAAGCACCUGCCACUAAAUUACCGGAAACUUCAUCUACCGCGGAAAGCUUACCAGAAGAGGUGUUAACGACAGAACAUGUACCUGAAGAACACGUAAGCACAGAAGAGAAUAUAAUUGAAAAGGAACAUGGUAUUUCUAUUACUGAAAAGGAACAACCGAUUGAACCUUCCAUUACCGAAGCAACGCAGACUGAAGGUCCAAUAAAAGAAGAAGAAACUACUAGCCCGCAAGAAUUAUCAACGCAAACACAAAAAGAGAUAACCGAGGUAGAGAAAACGACAGAAGAAGAACAAAUUAGCGUAACGCAAACGCCGGAAAGACCGGAGAUUUUGACUGAAAUCAUUGAGGUAACAUCGUCAACUGAAGAGCCUGGUAUCAGCACUGAAUCGGUCAGCAAGCAGCCAAAGGAAAGUGAAAGUAAAUCAGAAACUAUUCCAGGUGAAUUCUUGGCAACGCAAACGGAAUCACCGAAAGAAGAAGAAACUGUGACUGUCGCUCAUGAGAUAUCUAGUACUGAACAAAUCAUCACUGAGAAAGAAAAAGAAUCGUAUCCAACGGAAACCGCUGUUACGGAAGAGAUUCAAUCAACUGAAGUAAGCGGUCCUUCUACAGAACAACCUGCCGAAGAACAGAAACCAGUAGUAUCUGAGGUUGAAAAGGAACAACGGCCGGAAGAGACAUCUGAGCAUGCAAUUGAAGAGCAAGCUACUGUCGCCGCUAAGAAAGAAGAUGCCGGGUUGACUGAGAGUCCAGUGACGGGCGAAGGAGAAUCAACUCCAGAAAUUCCAAUUCAAGGUCCAACUGGCAUACCGAUUCCCGAACGAAGCCCAGAACAGAAGGCAGAAGACCAGAACGUGUAUCAUGUGACGGAAGACUAUCACGGUGUUACGCAUUCAGAAAUUAGUCCCGAUAAUCUUAUAACUGAAUCUCCGCAAAAAAUACCUACAAUGUAUCCCCCACAGGAACAAGAUACUACGCUAGCCCCAUCAGAAGGAACUAUAAAACCGAUUGUGACGGAAGGUGCUGAAGUAUCGACGGAAGGAACCACGAAGCCGAUACUAGAACAAGCUACAGAAAUAAACUUAUCAACUCAGCGUAAACCUGAAACCACUACAAUCUCUGAAGAAACGAAAACGGAAAGCACACCUGCUGUCAUCGAAGUUCAGGCUAGCACGGAAUCUUCUGCAACUACUAUCGCUCAAGAAGUAUUAGAAGAAGAAGCUAAGAAAUCUAGUGUGCCAGAAGAGACGGGAACUAAAAUACCACAAACGGAAAUUCAAUUAACAGAAAAGACUCCCAGUAGUGAGGAAAUUUCUACAGAAGGACCUAGCGUCGAAGAAUCUAGUGAAAGUUCUGAGGAAAUCAGUGGCGAGAAAGGUGAGAAAGAAGUGCAACCAAAGAAGGAAGAGAAAAUAGAAACGCAACCUCCAAUCGUAACAGAACCAGCUUCCGAAACACCCGCAUCAAUCCCAGCGGAACAUUCGACAGUGCCUUCGGAUCUUGAAAAAGAACAUGCUACGGAAGGUGAACAUGUUACUACUGUAAGUCCUUCUGAGCAAUCAACGCACGUGCCAACGCAAGUCGAAGAGAAAGAAACUGAAAUAGUUCCUGUUGAAAAAGAACCAGUUACUGAAAAACCAGUUGAGGAACGUGUUACAGAACAUCCCGUUGCAACACCAGGCAUAACUAGCGAAGAAGAAAAAGAAUUACAAACCGAAGAACCUGUUUUGAAAGAGGAGCAAACCACGGAAGCGAUAAAGACGAUAGAAGCUGAAGAAAAACUUACAACGCAGAUACCUGCCGUCGAAGAAAGAAUAACUGAGCAACCUGAACAAUAUUCUACAGAGAAAGCUUUGGAAGAAGUUGUUACAGAAAGCCAUGGUCCGGAGGAAAUAAGUACGAAAGACGUGUCAACAGAAAGUGCAGAACAACAAACUGCAAUAACGAUAACAGAAAAAAAACCAUUUAAGGAAACUGUAGAAUUAAAACCAACGGAAGUUACUCCAAUUGAACAAACAGAAUUGCCCGUUGAACAUCCCACCGAGGCAGGUGAAAUUGAAAAAGAAGGUGAAGAAAAGAUUUCUGUGCCUGUAUCCACGGAGGAAGUGCAAACAGAAAUUCCUGCAGUUGAAAUUGGAGUCACUGAGACAACGGCCGUGGAAAUAGAAAAGACUGAGCCAUCUGUCAGCGGAGAAUAUAUACCAAGUCAGCCUUCGAUUCCUUCAGAUCGCAAGGAGGAUCAGGGACCUAUUGAACCAGAACAAAUAACGCAGAAACCAGAAAAAGAAAUAACUGAGACGCCCGAAGAACCACAGAAGCCGACAGUUCCUUCUGAAGAGGAAACAUCUCAUAUUCCAUCUUUGGAAGCUGUUGUUACCGAAUCUGUUCUGCCCGAAGAAAAACCGGCCGAGGGUAGCACAACUGAAUCUGCUGCUGUUAGCGAAACUGUUAUACCGGAACAGCCUGAAAUAUCGAGCGAACAACCGGAAAAAGUCGCAACCGAACCAUCCAGACAGGAGGAACAAACUCAGGGACCAAUCACUGAGGAACAGCCAGAGGUACAUGAAACAUCCAGUCCUGUACCUCACGAAGAGUCUUCCAUAAUUCCAGAAAUUCCUGAAAGACCAGUUGAAGGCGAAGAAGUUAGUAAGACAACCGAAAUCGCAGAAGGAGGUACGACAGUACCAGUAUUAAUUUCUGAGGCAUCAACUGAGCUGCCUGGAUUUGAAGAAGCUACGAAGCCCGAAGUUCUUAUCGAAAAGGAAAUUACACCUGCGACUGAAUCUGUAUCUCCAGAAAAAGAGCAACCGGAAAUACAAGAGCAAGUCACGCAACCAUCGAUAAAAGAAGAAAUACCAAGUAAGGAAAAAGAUGAAACAACAGGCCCAGUUGAAAUAUCCACUGAAGAAAGUAUAACUCCUGAAACAUCUGAAGUGCCGAUUAUUAAAGAACAACCACAGAAACCCGAAGAAGAAGAAAUUAUUAAAAAAACUACCAUCACGGAGGUGCCUGUUCAUGAAGAAAAAGAGGAAUAUUCAACGGUUGCUCCAAAAGAAACACCUGAGGUGACAAUUAUUACUGAAAUACCACCAAAGGGAGUACUUCAAUAUACAACGAAUAUUCCUGAAGAGACUUCUGUAGAAGGAGAGAGUACGUCGGAGAUCGUGCCUCGUCCAGCGGGUAUUCCAGGAGAAGGUAACUGUCUCGUUGAAGGACAAUCUUAUAGCAAUAAUUCGGCGGUUCCACCGGCAAACGCGUGUCAGACCAGUUGUCGUUGUAUCAGCAGCAUUGUACAAUGCGAACUCGUGCAAUGUCCUGCCCCGCCAACGCACCUAUCGAAUUGCAUGCCAGUUCACACGAACGGAGAAUCUUGCUGCCCAAUGUACGCUUGUGAUUUCACACCGACUGACAAAUUGGAAUCUGACAGUCAUGUAAUCGAACCUCAUGUUCCCGAAGCAGAAGGAGAAAUUCAGAAAACUGUCCCGCCUACGGAGAUAUCAACAGAAGCUGCGGCAGAAUCGAGUACGUUAGCUGGUGAGAUUAGUACGCCAGAAUCACGACCCGUGGAAAUUACUGUUACCCCAUCUGAAGAAGAGAUAGCAACUGAGAGGCAGCAGACCACUCUCAAACCUACUGAAAUAGUUUAUGAACAGCCAACUACACUUAGGCAACCUAUCGAGCAAUAUCCUGAGGAACAAACCAUUAGUCCGGUGUCUGAAACAUCACAAGAAUCUGCCAGUCAAAUACCCGAAGAAGAACAUACCGUGCUACCUAAGGUAGGAGAAACUACCGAAGGCAAAGUUAUCGAAGAAGGUAUAACAGAAUCAGGAGCUUCGACCGAGCAACCGCAGGAGGAGAUUGGGGAGAAGCAGGUUACUGUUAGUGGCGAAGUAAUUACUUCCACGCAUGUACCUAUAGAACAGGAACCUCACGCCACCGAAGAAACUGUUACAAUUCCAAAAGAGAAAGAGACUUCUGUUCCUGUCGAAGUAGAAGUUACGACCAUAGCCGCUGGUAAAGAUGAAGAAACUAUUACGCCAACCAAAGAGGAGAAACCUACUGAGGAUAAAAGUAUCGAAGAACAACCUACGCUUAAACCAAUUGAAGAAAUCGAAAAAGAACAACCAGAAGAAGAAAAAAUUCCACUAAAGCCAACCUCUGAAGAACCUGUUAUUGUUGAGGAACACGAAAUAUCUACAAAACCGGAAGAAAUUGUGACAGGAAAACCAGAAAUUUCAGAGGAACAACAAACUGUCAAACCAACCGAGUAUGAGAGUACUUCCGUUCUUGAAAUUCAGUCGACGACUGAGUAUAAACCCGAGAGUGAAAUAAAACAAGAGACAGUCACAUUAACUGAAACUGAAGCACCAGAAGCCCAAACAAAAUUGCCUGAUAUCGUUCCAAGCGAAACAGAAACACAAAAGCCAAUUAUACCUGUUGAAUCAACGACAUUGAUACAUGAUCAUACGGUAACUGAGGGGGCGCCGAUAGAGGAAUAUACGACUAUAAAAUCCUUGGAAGUUUCUACGGAAGAAAGCACGAAGACGGAGCCGGGAAUUUCAACUCAAGCUCCUGUAAUUGAAGAAGAGCACGUUACCAUUCCUGUCUUGCCUGUUGAAUUGCCUGGUAAGGAAACCACCACUAAACUAGUCGAAGAAUCUACUCCUGCAAUUUCCCAUGAAGAAGUAUUGCCAGGAAUAACGGAAAGCGCAAUAGAAAAAGAAACUACAGAACACGCUGAAAAGCAUACAGAACCAUCGGUUACAGAACCAUCAGAACACGAAGAAGAACCAUUAGCCACAAAAUCUCCUGAAGAAAAACCAUUCGAAACUGAAUCUCCAGUCAUAACCGAGGAACCAGCCAAAACUACUGAAGCAGAAGCAGAACAUGAAAAACCUACUGAAACCAUCGUUCCUCACGAACCAGAAAGUACGCCAGUCUCGGUUGAGAAGCAUCCGGAAACUACACCAGAAAUUGAAUCUCAUACGCCUGAAUUACCUACCGAAAAACCCACUAUAGUCGAAGAAAUAUCAACAGCGUCUGUAUCUGGAGAAGAAGCUGGCGAGCAAGCCACUACAUCGAUCGUAAAAGAAACUGAGCCAAGUCUGAGCGAAGUGACUAAACAGCCGAUUAUUCCAGAAUCCAAAACACCAGUUGUAGAGGAAGAACACGUCACCGUCCCGAUCGAAGAACAAACUCCGAAAUCCGAGGAGUCUCCUGUCGAGGAACAGACUGUUGCUUCUCCUAGUCCCGGUGAAGAAGAGAUAACAGAGAGUGGUGUUUUGACAGAAGUGGCCGUACCGGUAACGAGUCAAGAGGAACAGACAACUGAAAAGGCUAUCGAUAUUGUCAAACCAGAAACGCAAUUGCCCGAUUUAACGGAGGAACAUACCGUUAUUCCUGAAAUUUCCAAGGAAGAGCAGAAACCUGAAAUUGGAAUAACGGAAGAACCUGGUAAAGAGGAACCGACUACGAUUCCGGAACUAACGGAAGCGGACAAGAAAGAAACGGAAGAAGCUGUUAAGGAGGAAGCUGUGACGCCUGCUAGUACUACAGAGUACAAACAAGAAGAAAUUGAACCAGUUGUGAAAAUUCAAGAACCAAUAGAAACAACGACUCUUCCAAAAGAACAGAAACCAGAAAAGGACAGUCAAGUUACCGAGGCUAGUUCACCGGAACAUCCAGUGAGUGAAGAAGCGACAACUGUGGCAAGUUUGAUACCCGAAGAACAUCCAACGAUACCGGUAAAGACAGAAGAACAAAGCACCCUUGAACCUGAAUAUCAGACAACGUUAUCUACUGCAGAAGAAGAAGUAUCGAAACCAGCGACUGAGAUUAGUGGAGUGGAGAAACUUUCACCCGAAGGAGAAACCGUUACAAUUGAAAGUACGGAGAAGCCGGAAGAACCUGUUACGAAACUCGAAGUAAGUUCAACUGAAAAGCCUGAAGAAGUUCCAUUCGAAACGGAAAAGCCGGCUGAACCAGAACAGGGAACAGAGUCGCCCGAACAAGGUGAAACUACUACGAAAAUAAUUGAGAGUGCAGUGACAAAAGAAACAUUACCGGAAGAAGUGGUUCCAGUUGAAGUGACUCCAAAAAUUGAAGAGAAACCAACAGAAGUUUCUACAAUAGAAGGAGAAGAAGAAGCACAUGUUACGGAACCUAUUUCAGUUGAAACGACUUCCGUUCAUGAGGAAGAACAACCAUCGAUAAUCAAAUUACAGCCUACUGAAAGGCCUCUUCCUUCUGAGGAAGAAACUCCUGCGGGAGAAAUUCAGCCUAGCCAACCUGAAGAAGGAGGAGAGGCUCAUCCAACUGUACCCGAAGAGAGUCAUCCGAGUACAAUUGAAGAACCUCAGUUUACCACGGAACAUGCGCCCGAAGAAGUUAUUACGAUAAAAGCAGAAGAACAGCCAGCAACUUCUUCAGAAGCUGUCACUACUGUUGAGGGUCCAAUCAAGGUUUCUGAUGUGAAACCAACUGAAUUGCCUGAGGAGACAGCUACCGUCGGACCGGUAGUACCAGAAGAACCUGAAUCUCAGAUCCCGAUAAAGUCCGAAGAAAUUCCGCAACCGGAAACUCCAAUCGAGGAACCUAUCAUAAAGACGCAGCCGUUACCUACGGAAUUACCAAGCGGAGGCAUUACGGAAGAAAUUCCCGAAGAGGAACCUAUUCAUCCACAAGAAGGCGAAAGUCAUCCUCACAUCGUUGACCAUUUCCCGGAGGCUACUCCGAAACCUGAGACCGAUUAUAAUUUCCCCGAGCAAAGACCGGCGACCACCUUGGCUCCCCAUAUUCCGGAAUACCCUGAUCAACCCGGAAUAUCGGGCGAGGACACUCAUUUCCCCAUGCCCGGUGGUAGCUAUCCGAAUCCCGACGACGAUUAUGGCGAGGAGGAUUAUGGUGGACCAGGCACCUGUCGAUACGGCGGCAAGGUCUACGUUUCAGCGCAACAGAUACCCAGGGACGACCCGUGCGACUUCUGUUUCUGCUUCAGGAGCGACAUUAUCUGUCUUCAACAGAGCUGUCCACCGCCUAUUCCGGGCUGUCACGAGGAACCGAUCAGCGGUUUUUGCUGCCCCAGAUACGAGUGCCCUGUAUCGAUGGCCACGGCUCUUAAUUUGACCACUACCACCACCACGACUACGACCACGUUACCACCGCUUUUCCAUCCGCACGCUUACAAAGGUUCCGCGAGACGAAGUGGCUGCCAGGUUCGUGGCCAGGCCUAUCGAGUAGGAGAAGUUAUUAAGUCGGCGUCUGGACCCUGUCUCCGCUGCAUUUGCGGAGGUGACGGUAACAUGAAUUGUGACCCACGAGUAUGCAGUCCGGAACCGAUGCUGAGGCAAAUGAUUGCUGCGACUACAGAUGCCAAGAGGAGGAGAUGAGCCGCCGAGUUAAAUCAUGGGAUUCAUCUCUACAAGGAAGCACAUAGGACGAGCACGAGGACUAAAAAAUCGACAGCAGGAAAAAAUCCAGUGUUGUAUAAAAGUGAAUUAAAAUUAUUCUAAACUGUCUAAACGUCGCGCGAAACACAGACAAUAGUGUGCUUCGGCGAUCACGAACUGAGUGGCCAAAACGUAAACGUUUAUAUUAAUAAUAUUAUAUUAUGUUAUAUAAAAAGAGAAAGAGCGACGGGGUGAGAGAGAGAGAGAGAGAGAGAGAGAGAGAGAGAGAGAGAGAGAGAAAGUGAAAGAGAGAAAAAGAGGAAGGAAGAAAGCAAUAAUACCGGUCAAAGAAUCGUAGGAGAUUAAUUGUGUAUCGGUGCUAAUAUGCGAACACGGAAGAAAAAAGCAGCGUGAAUGUAAAAAAUACAGGCAAAAAAAGAAGAAAAAAGAAAAAAAUCGUGAUAAUUACCGCGUUCUAUCUCGCGUGGGAUAUUUUAUACAUGCCCUAAAAAGACAAGAAAGAGAGGAAAUUACUGAACGUACGAGACUUAUGACUGUGCCUUUGUCAGUGUCGAAUAUCAGCGGCACUGCUUUCGUUUCGGCAACGAGCGCCGUCCGCAGCCACGGUCAUCGUCGUCGGUAUUAAUAAAAAAAAAAGAAAAAAGAAACACGAAGAAAGAGAGAGAGUUGCAAUCGGCGACUCCUAGGUGACGGGAGAAAAAGAAGGUGAGAAGAAAUGUGACGAAUGCGUUUUAUACGACGCACAUAAAACGAAAAAAAAAGAAAGAAAAAAGAAGAAUAAGAAUAGAAAGAAAAAUUUAAUGCGCCGACCGAAUGGGUCACGCAGUGAUACUGAAACAGCGGAGGAUUCGUAUAUGAAUCGUACGAAGGAUACCUCGAUUCGCAAAUCGUCUAGCAUAGCUAGAAGCUUUUUUAAAUGUUUUUUUCUACCGCAAACUAUACAUACGUCCACGGUAUCCCUCCUACGACGUAACGCCGUAAAUUGGGAAAUAUGGGAGAGAAAUGAGAUUACGAUAUCCGCGGCAUGUCCUCACGGCUUUUACGGUGUCACUGCGACAAUCUUAAGCGACGACGAUAUAUGUCAUUAUUUGCUACGCGUGUUCUGAAUCGUUUAUUCAGCUGCUACGUGUGCCCCGAUGAUCGGGACACAUUACUCAAGUUUGCUGACGUUCACGCGCACUCGGACACGAUCGAGAUUAAUGGAUCGGCAUAACCAGAGCCGGCCGUGCUUCCAGUAUUUUUAAGCCGCGAGGAUCCAAAGAUCCUUUUCUUUUCAAGGAAGAACUUUCGAUCGAGCCAUCUUUUUUUCUUCUUUUUUCAAUCGAUCCGUCAAUACCAUACAUAUAUAGUGCCAACGAUCGUAUCCUAGUGCGCGCGCGAGUAUGUGUAUGUGCGUGAGUGUGAUGCAUGUGAUAUGUUAAAGAAGAGAGAGAAAGAGAGGGAGAGAGAGAGAGAGAGAGAGAGAAAAAGCCAGAGAGACGAAAGAUACACGCAUCUCAAAGCUCAAACAGCGGCUCGCGCGGAGGACCGAUCCGAGAAUUUGCUUCUCCGGCGAGCUGGCGUCAUUAUACAUAAAUAUAGAUAUAAAUAUAUAUAUAAAUAUAUAUACAUUUAUAUAAUUCUUUAUAUACACUGUACCCUCCUCUGAUAAUAAUACUUAAUGAUAACGAUGUUCUAUACGUUUGUACGAAAGUAUAGCUAUUAAGAGAACGAGAUGAGAGAUAAUCGCCUGUACCGGUUCUCCAGUCUCAAAGUAUUGCGUUAGAAAAGAGAAAACGAUAAGAACUUUCGGGAUCUCUUUCCAAGUCAAUUAUUUAUCUCGGUAGCGAUGAUACUCGACUCGCACGAUCGUCGUCUAAUAACGAAAGCAACGUCACGCUUUGAGACUCUGGAACUCUGUGGGCUCUCUUUAGUGUAAUUGUAAUAAAUAGAACGAAUGUUUUAUAUAUAUAUAUAUAUAUAUAUAUAUAUAUAAAUUGUCGCACGAAAUACUGCGCAUACUGUCUGUAUAAUAAUCGAACGAAGACGAGUCAACGUUCGGUCUUCCUGAUAUCAGCGGCCCGUUAAUCCUAGUUACUCGUUUAUUAAUAACUAAGCCCGUAUCUGCCCCUCCGGGAGAACAGCUUCUUGCGAAGAACUAUUAUGAACGUGUUUUUCCUCUUUUUCUUCACGUAAAGGAUCUCUUUCGACUUGAAAGACCAACGUAUUCAUGGAGCUUCCACGACAACUUGAUCGUGAUAUACAAAGUGGCCAUAUUAUUACUGUCACUGUUCUCAGACGUGAAUGAAACAAAUCUCUCAUGCAAUAAUCGAUAAUAAAUCUUUUGAUAUACGAAACGUUUUUGUGUUUUAUGAUUAUAAUGAAGUUACAAAAAUGAUAAGCGCGCUGCGACGUUCUCGUGGAGAAAAAGUUGAGCCGAAAGUUUUCAAGUAAUCGUAUAUAAACUUUUGUAAAUCUUUUCACAAUCGGGCGAAUGUACGUUCGAAUAGGUCGAGAAGAGAGAAAGUAUCGGUGUCAUAACUCUCAAUUAACUGAGAUAACGUUGACGAAAUAAGCGCGCGAUUUUCGUGCUUGUCUUCCAUCGAGAUGAAAAUUUAUCACGCCGGCGAGCAACGCGAAAGUAACUAAAACCUAUUUGCUCAAGGCUCAUUGAAAGUUUAUACGUGGUUGUAGUCGAGUCAGUUCUUCCCAAGCCAAUAUUCACUAGCGAUUGUAGUCCAAACCUAGUAUUUAUAUCUCGAUAUCAACCCUUUUCCUCUUCCCCUCAAUCAUAGCGAGAUCAUUAUAAUAAUCGAAGGUAAAUAUGAGUGUCGAGUGUUUACGAUAAGUACGAUAUUAUGCAUGUAGGCGUAAGGUGGACGUACCGUGCUGGAUAUACGUAGAACGCAUGUAAGACUAGCGUUAAAGACAGGCCGGGUGGCAGCGAGGAGUCCGCACAUAUCUACGUACGCAUCAAAGCGCACGAAGCGACCAAUUCCUGUUUGUUCAGCAUCAACUGCCUCAGCGUGAUCGAACGAUCGAAGGUUCUCACGUUGGGAGACUUUCUCGCGAUCCGACAUGAUCACUGUGACGGAAGGCUUUGAAUCGGUAUGCUCGCGCAUAAGCGCGUAUAAUCUAAUACAGCGCGUGGCGCGGUUGACGAAAUGACGAGGGACGCUUGAUCCUUCCGACGGAUUUCUCGACGCCUCUUUUUUACACGUGAGUACGAUCGCAGUCGCGAGCUGCUAUGCGGAAUGUAACUCGACAUCGUUCGCCGCGUAUUAUACUAUGUGAUAAACGGGAUAAAUGAGAGCGAGCCGGGAAAGAGAAAGAGAGAAAGAGAGAGAGCGAGAGAGAGAGAGAGAGAGUCCCGGCGGUGUCGACUGUAUGGAAAUAGGCUAUAGGUUCGACAGUACGUGCUAGUAUAAAGUGUCCUUUUAUAUGAAUAAAAGAUUUUGUAUGUCAA